UGUGUGUGUGUGUGCCAUCAUUCGAGGCCUCAGCGGCGGAUGGUGGUGAAGGAAUGUCGCUACAUACCGGUAUGUGGUCCUGUCUUCUCCCGCCCUGGACAUUCCUGCUGCUGCUGCUCUGUCUGACACCGCUAUCAUCUUGAUUGUGGAUGACUCAUUCAAGUGGACGGUAGAAUGACUGAAUUUCACAGGCUUGCGUUGGGCUCAGCCAGAGCACGGCAUCUAUGCCACGUGUUUUCGGCUUCUACAGCGCUCCUCGAUGAAAUCCAAUCGCAUGAGUCAGUCUCGACCUCAACCUCGUGUGGCUCAAGCACUCCGAUCCGGCAAGAAUGGAAUACAGUACAAAGCAAGAUCAGGUCCAGGGAUUUUUAUGUGACCGUACGGAAUGUUUGAAUAUUCGGGUCUUGUUUUCAUUCAAACUGGAUCAUGGAGCGCAUCGUCAUCUGAGCGUUUCUUCCCCGACUACACUCCACAGCCAGUCACGUAGGAACCAUUUUAGUCAGAGAGAUCGAGACACUCCACAUCGCCCCCCGGGCAGAGGAGGGUCGUGGCGAGUAUUUCUUGAUUCUUUUAAUUUUCCAUUCUGUCGCAGCACUAUCAGACAGAGUGUCUAUAUUUUGUUAUAGAAGUGCAGUUGGCCACUGUAGAAUUUCAGCGUCAUGCUGCAUACGUCUGCUUGAGUUCUGUUUGCAGAUCAGCUUGUAAUUGGAGAUUUCAAAAUGUGUAGCUGUUACUAAUAAAGUCUUUACCGUACGUGGCCAUAGCCAUACGUCACUACAAGCUGAACGGAGGGGAUUUGCUAGAAAGCAGAAGUGCCGGCUGUGACUGACGCUGGAUCUGGAAUCAUCAAGUGCAUAGGAGGAUACAUGGUUACCCACCAACUAUGGCUAGUGCAACAGAUCAUGUACCCGCCUCAACAUACGGUGCCAUCAAUGAUGAUGUUGGUACGGCGGCGACAAACAGCGGUGCGGGGAACAAAGAGGAUGAAAACGUAAAGAUGUUCAGCUCUCGGCGGGACAAAUUAGUAUUUCUAUGCCUGGCCGUAAACAAUUUAAUAGUGAGCAUUUGUUUUGCAACUAUGGUCCCGUUCUUCCCGACAGUGGCUGCUACCAAAAGUCCGUCGUAUCAUAUUCCCACCACGCCAGCAUCGCCAGUGACAACUAGCAAUGGUAGCACAGUGGCACCUCCAGUCACAGCAACCCUGGAUGAAACAUCCAGCACUCUCAUCGGAUUAGUGUUCAGCGUGGCCACUUUCUCUGACUUCGUAUUCUCGCCGAUUGUCGGACAUGAACUGCCUAAAGUUGGACCGAAACUCAUCUUUCUUCUCGGCUGCAUUCUAAUUAGUGGAGUGACUAUUCUGUUUGGAUUUGUUGACAUGGUGGAUGACUGGAGUACGUUUCUGGGAUUAUGUUAUGCACUGCGUUUUGCUCAGGGCAUGGGAACUGCUUGCAUGUUUACAUCCUCAUUCACCAUCCUGGCCGGUGCUUUCCCAAAGUCUGUCGGCAUGGUUACAGGGACAUUAGAAGUGUUUAGUGGCCUUGGCUUCAUGAUUGGACCAGCCAUUGGUGGUGCCCUGUAUGGUCUUGGCGGCUUCAAGUUGCCAUUCUUGGUGAGUGGUUCGACAUUGGCAGCUUGUACAGGUCUUGUAGCAAUCGUUCUACCAAGUCCUCCAGCCAGGAAAAAGCAAAAGGUAUCAUUGUUGACAGUGCUGUCUCAGCCACGCACGUGGCUUUUGAUUCCAUCUGCUCUGCUGUCUGCCUCAGCACUUGGGUUCUUGGAUCCUAGUUUGAGCCCGUAUCUCGAUAAGGAGUUUGGCUUGUCUCCAUCCAAGAUUGGUCUGGUGUUUCUGACUGGUGCUGGCGUGUAUGCUAUUCUAGCUCCACUUGUUGGCUUCAUUGGUGAUAAGUACAGUACACGUCCAUUGAUACCACUCGGUCUUCUUCUCACUGGUGUCAGCUAUCAGCUGCUGGGACCAUCACCGUUAUUGGGACUGCAACCAGCAUUGUGGCGCACUAUCUGUGGUCUAGCUUUGAUGGGAUCCGGUAUAGCCCUGAGCCUGGUACCGACGUCACCUGAUAUGCUAGUGACGAUGUGUGAGAAGGGCUAUGAGGAUUCCUUGGAGUUACAUAGUGCUUUGGGCGGUGUAAUGGGAGCAGCAUUCUCAUUUGGCGAGGGUCUCGGUCCAUCUGUUGGAGGACUCCUGUUUGGUGCCGUGGGCUUUAGUGAGGCCGCAUCCAUAUUUGGUGCCAUGAUUCUGGCUCACUCUGUUGUUGUUACUAUCGGUACAUUGCUAGGGCGUCUACGAAGGAAAAGUGUGGCUGUCGUCGAUGCUAACAUUCAGGAUGAGACCAAAGCGUUGUUGCAGAGUGACAAGGAUGAUGAUGCUGUCAGGGACCCUGAGCGAAACCCUAGAACAACACCGCGUAUUCUGCGGCGCAGUUUGUCGCACUCGCGGGUGCCCACGUUUGACGCAAACAUGGUGACUCCAACGAGUGUUUCCCGCUCACAGUCCACAACCAGUGCUGCUUGAUGACAUCACGUGACAGUGUAGCCGCCCAGUGUCAUUCAUGAACCUACACUGCACACGUAGUAGCAGUUAUUUGAAAUGCCUGACAUUAAUACUAACCAAUUCUCAUAGCCCCAUGAAACUAUCAUAGUAUGUGUAGCAUCCGCUAGCAGGCGUGUUGGACGUAGUCUUCACGUCUUUCAUCUUGUUGGUGCAGUACGAACCGCUUCUGCACGGAUAGAUAAAUAGAUAGAUGUUCUGCAAGUCUUAAAAAAAGUUUUUAAUGAAUUUUUUAAAGUUUUAUUUAGGUUACUACGUUUUGCGUUGUCAUCUUUGUUGAAGUAAUUAGUUGCCACGGCGUUUUUUUCCUUGGUGCUGGCCACUACAAGUAGUCUAAACACAUCUCUGAUGUUGCGCUAGUUUGCUGUAUACCCCGACAUGAUAAUUUCCUUCAACAAAUGAUUUACCCAGGAAAGAUCCUACUUUGUCUUGCCACACUACUGGUGCAUCCAACUAUAAUUAUUACGAUUGAAGACGUCCAACCCAUGG